CGCAAUGACAGUCUCGAGCGCCACACAAACAACUGUCGGCAAGAACUGCAACACAGAGCAACGACUCCACUAGGAGGGUCUGGUCGGUGAACUAGACACCGAGGAGUGAGACGGGGAUUCCUGGGGACUCCUGUCUCCCUCUCUUUCUAUUUUCCCGUCCCGGGUGGAAAAUAAUAUCCCAAAUAAUUAAUAUCUCGUGACAGCAGGGAAAAGACAAAUGGAAGGAGCCCAGACUGCUCUCAUUAACAGAGGAGACACCGGUCCGUACAUGAAGCUGCUGCCGGAAAACGACCAUUACAACUAUGGGACACAGGACGAGUCCAACUACGUGGAGCUGGACAACGUGCUCGACAUGAAGUCGGAGGGCAAGGGAACUCUGAAGGUAAUGAUUACUGGCGACAGUAACCAUCUGGGAAUAUUUAAAAGCAAGGGGGACAAAUCGAGUGUGGAUGACAACGGUCCAAGUGAAUGCGAAUUGAAUUUAACUAAUCUCCCCGGCAAGGACUGUGAAUCAACUCACAAAACAUAUUCAGGGGACAUUACAACUGAAAUUUGCGUCGUGGGCGAUUUCUGCUACUCUGAGCCAAUGUCGCCCUCGCUAGUCGCUCACAGCAACGGUGGUUUCGGGGACAGUCCCGUCAGUCUCGACGCCAUAACGGGACCUCACACUGAGAUUGUACCCUUAAAUGUAAAAGACCCUUGUAAUUUUAAAGAUGUUUCUUCAAAGAUUGAAGAGUUACAAUACACGGAUAUGUAUCUUUAUAAAGAUAUUGAAUCAGAGGACUGUGAAAGUGUUAUUUUAUCCGAUCGCAACGCUUUUGACAGCACGGAGGACGAGAGUCAUUUCAUAACCACACACGAAAUACAGCUGACAGAGUUAGACCACGACGUCGACGGGGAUUUUGAACUGGAAUCCUGCACCGACGUCGAAGACGACAACCUGGUCUAUUCGUUCGUAGAUUACGCUUCUUUCGACAGCGACGAGACGAUAGGAGCUGAUGUUGAGGACGACGGGAGCCUGGCGCCGGUGAGCAGUGACCAGGCGCUGUCGGAUAGCACGGCCCCCUGCCCCGGCGGCGCGCCGGCGGUCAGCGCCAGGGACGGGGAAGACCUGGGCGACUCGGACAAAUGCAUCAGCUCCGACGAGAGUCUGUCAAAGGUUUUUCAAAACGGCGACGGUAAUUCUGCGGGACAGAUUCACCUGUCAAUCAAAACUACUUCCAGAGCUAUAAAUAAGUCCUCCGGCGGCAAAGAAACGGAAAACGGCAGUUAUCUUGCCAAGCACGAGGGCGACUGGAGCCGCUAUGUUUAUAAAGCCAAAGACGGUAAAGGCGACGGGACGUGUGGCCGGGCGAACUGCUUCAUCCCAGCCCCGGGACGAGUGCACUUCGGCAGAAAGUUAAAAGGAAGGGACCUCGAGUACUCCAGCGGGGCUUCCAGUUCUGUGAGCGAGCUGGACGAUGCCGAUAAGGAAGUGCGAAAUUUAACGGCUCGGGCGUUUAAGAGUUUGGCCUGCCCUUACUUCGACGCCAUCAGUUUAACUUCCAGCGAGUCCUCCGUCUCCGAGUACGGACAGGCCAUCAACAACUGGCCUCUGCACGCAGGGGGACGCAGGCUGCUCUCGCAAAAAACGUCCACUUUUCAAGCGAGCAAGAAUGCUGGCGGCAUCAUCGGGUACACCCAGGCGAAAUUGAAUUCCCUCUUUGCUGUGAACGGCAGCUUCACAAAUGCCCACAAACCGUCAUCCGCCGCCAAAAAGGUAGAAUUCAACGGUCAGCUUAGCCAAGGGCAGAGUGCGUUCAUUGCUUUGGCUGAAACCGUCAAUUUCCGCUGCAAGGUGAACGAUGGGAGCGAAAGCAGUGCGAAAAUCCCAGAAACGGCGGGAGUAUCAGGUUCCAGAGAUGAAAAUGCCGGCGCUCUGCCAACGGAGCAGAGCACUGAGGCCGGUACCCAUCCCGGCGAAGCGGCGGAGGCCACCGACAGCGCAGAGCAAAAGGCCACAUUCGCAUCCAGUCUCCUCAAAAACGUAAUUUCCAAAAAAAUGCAAUUUGAGCAGGAGCGUAAAACGGGGCAAGAGGAAAACACGGAGACGGUCGCAGUGUGUCAGAACUCCAACACCUCCGAGGCUGCGUCUUUGGAGGAAAGCUCGAGACGGAACCAAUCAGAAAGCAAUGCGGAGCAGAGGAACGACGCCGCGUUGCUGCCGAGCGAAAACAGCGCGUUCAGGACAUGGAAGAACGGACUGCCCGGCCAAACGGGGGAGACGGCGAAGCCCGCCUCCGUCGCCGACAACUCGGGGGGAAAUAACAUCGACCCGAAAGCGGGUAGCGGCAAGAAUAACAAGACGUCUCAACUGUUUGUGCCUAAAAUUCAGCACUCGCAACCCGCAGGGCAGGAGCCGGGGAAGCAGGCUCCCGGCGGUGACAGCGCCGCGCGCGUCUUCACGGAGCAGGCGGAGGGAGGGGUGUGGAAAAUGCGCGCGGGCUACAAGCCGGCGAUGUCGGGUUGCGCGAGAGGCGUCCCCACAUCCAGAUCGCCAGAAAUCAAAAUAAGCGUGCGCACGGUGAACGACAACAAGGCGAAACCGUUCAACAUCGCGAGCCUGCUGACCCCCAACAUAGGCUUCAGCUCCGCCAAUCAGAUCCGGCCGGGCGACAACUCCCGGUCGCGGGCGCUCAUCGCGUCGCUGAAGGGGGAGUGGGCGGAGAGAACGCCGCACUUCAUGGUCAGGGACAUACGGGACAACAAGUACAAGCUGCUGACGCCCAUUCACCAGGUCAGAGACAUGCGCAAACUGGUGAAGAGCUCGUACCACUUUGUGUCUUUGGAAAACCGGGAGAAGAACGCCGCGGGUAGCAACGGCGAGCCGAAGGGCCCGGAGAGGAAGAACAUGGCGCUGUUCUCCCCCAUGGUGAUAAAGUGCCAGUCCGUGAACACCAACAGCAGGCCGGACAUGAGACGGGCCGAGCAUCUAAUGCAGGCCUUCAGACACCGGCCUCCCCCCGUGGAGGAAGCCUGCGAGCACGAGCAGUCGCCCCCCCCUCCGCACGGCGCUGAGCCCCCCCAGCGAAGAGCAGGCCAGACCUCCUCCUCCUCCGCCAAACACUCCGCCGGGGACACGCCCGAAACGCAGCAAAAGCUGAAGCAGGACUCCGUCGCCGGCGGUAAUGCUAGCGGUAAUGCUAACGGUAAUGCUAACGGUAACGCUAGCGGAAUUGCUAACGGUAAUGCUAACGGUAACGCUAGCGGAAAUGCUAACGGUAAUGCUAACGGUAACGCUAGCGGGAAUGCUAACAGAAAGAGGCCGGCGCAGAAGGCGGCGCUGGAGAAGCUGCAGGCGGCCGUGCGGACCAUGGAGGAGCUGUACGUGUUCGACAGGAAGGAGUGGCGCCGGCGAACACAGGCGCCGCAGCCCGUUGCCGACAGCCACGUGCUGUCCCUCAUCGCACGGCAGGAGCACGCCCAGUCCCCCCCAUCGCAGGCCGGCGACGCCCCGGGCAGCCAGGAGGGACAGGGAGCGGCGAAAACAUCAUCCCCUCCUCAGAGGAGCGCCGUGUUCAGUCACAGGAACGCGGCGGUCGCCCCGGGCAACGGGCAGAAGACUCCGCCCAGCGCCAGUAAAACGUAUCCGCCGCCCUCGGGCGCCAAGGCGCCGACGUCCGGCCCCAAACCCGCCGCGGAAGAGCGGGGCGAGGAGGAGAGGCCCGCUCCGGCUCCAGAGUCCGGCGGGAUCUACCUGAACGUCCCCGUCGACUCGGGGGCGCCCGACCCGGGCCCUCGCACGGCCUCCCCCCCGAAACCCGCCUCGUCCCCCGGCCUGGUGAUGCUGCCCGUCUCCGUGGGAACGCACGCCCUGGCGAUGCCGUCCUCGCCGGCCGGGCUGCCGCAGGUCAUGUGCUUCGCUCAGGCCACGCCCCCGCUGGCCGCGCCCGCGGCGGACCCCGCCCAGCCCACGCAGAGGAAGGUGCUCCUGGACCCAACCACGGGGCAGUACUACCUGGUGGACACGCCCCUCGCCCCCGCCACCCGGAAGCUGUACGACCCCGAGACGGGGCAGUUCAUGGACGUGCCCGCCCCGCCCCAGCCCGCCACGCCCGUCUCCCUGCCCCUGUCGCCCCUCUCCGCCCUCUCCCCCCUCGGGGCUGCCGUGGGACUGAGCCCCUGCCCCUACGCCACCACCCCCACGUACCUCAUCUACCCCGGCCUCCUGCCCCCAGCGGCCCCCGCCCCCGCCCCCGCCCCCGCCCCCGCCCCUCCCGCCCCCCCCGCCCCCAGGACUCUGCGCUCCGCGCACUCGGACGACGGUAACCGCGGCGACGCCAGCCCCGCCCACACGGACGGCUCCCCGCAGUCGCAGCCCGCCGCCACCAGGGGGCGAGAGAGCGUCAGCGCCCGCCAGCCGCACGGCCCCCGCAUCGUGGCCCCGCCCUCCUUCGACGGCGCCACCGUGAGCUUCGUUGUGGAGCACAGGUAAACGCCGCGGGGGGCCCCCGGCCAGGGGCGGCCAGUGAGAGCUCCCGGCAUCGGCUGGCGUUCUCGCCCGUAUGUUCCACCUCAUUAAUCCCGCCAGGAACCAGUGAUCCUUGGUCACCUUCACCAAUCAGAACACUGUCACUUUCCCGAUUCACCCCCCUCCCCCCACCCCCCCCUAAACCCCGUCCCCAAACCCUGUCGCAACGCAGCCCCGCUUUAACCUCCUCCGCAUGCGUCCAUUUUUAUGAACCCCAGCCUGAGAAACUGCUGCUCUCCUGACCCGUACAGUAGGGUAUAUCACCAGGCUGUGUGUCUCUGUGCGUUCAGUACCGCUUCAGGCUAACUGGGCUUUUUAUCUCCACCCAAAAGAGUCCAACCCUGCAGCACUGUGUCUAUUAAAAACAGCCAUUCGCCAAUCACAAACUCAGUCUUCUUCUAUUAAAUAUCAAAUUAAGCCAAGAGACUCUGCUAAGCCCAUACUGUUGCAUGCCAACAAAAUGAUUGUGGUAGAACAAUUUCUGGUGUUUCAGACAUUGUCUUUUCAUGGCACACAAAUACCAAAAUUCAACAGCGAGUAACCGCAAUAAGGUGCUAUUUAAACUGAGCCAUUUGGCCGAUGCUUUUAGCCAGAGCAACCUAUAAAAGAUGCAUUUAAAGGUGCAAAUAGGAAAAUUACCAAGAAAGCUACUGAUACAUUAAGUGCCACAAGACCCAAAAUAAUGUUACGCUUAGGGGUGUAAGGGCUGGGCAUAUCUGUCCCAGAGCGGGGACAGGAGUCAUUACGUGAUUACACAACGAGCCCUCAUCCCUGGAGAAGCAAUAAGAAUGAGAUUAACUCCCGAAGUUAGGCACCUUGGUGUAGCUCAGCGGGCCAAUCAUAUCUCUUGAUGUGUGGACGGUCAGAGUUCAAACCCACAGCAGAUCUGACUCCAAGACAAACAUAUGUGGGAUUACUCGGAUUACCCCUUUAACUCGUCCCUGAACUGCCUGCUUACACAGGUCUGCUGGACAGCCCUGAUCAGAACAGCUGUUUCAGGGGUCAGGGGUCAGGUGAGGCUGAAUCUGACAUCACGAUCCAGCCGGCACAGGAAUGCUUGACGUGAGGUUUCCGUGACGAUGCCUUGACGUCACUAAAUUAAAGACCCCCUAACGCAGGGAUCAUCGAAUCCAAAUCCAGCCCUGGUUUUCUUUUCUCCCGGGAAAUUAGUGCCAGACUGGUCUUCUCACCUGACUCCCAGAUACAGAGAGGAAGGGAAACCAGGCCGUGGUUUGCUGAUCCCUGCUCUAGAGGGAAUAAAAGAGGGACACUUUAUCGAAUUCUGUCAUCGUACUCACUACCUUUUCUCCGCAGUUUGCCCUGGAUGGCAAAAAAAAAGUGCUUAUAUUUUCAACUUACCAGUUAGCAUUAUGUGUUUUUGAACCAACUUUAUUGGUCGCCAACGUAAGAAACUUUGACGUUAUAUAGAGCCAGAUGAGACCCUUCAGAAUGCGCUCAAUGGAGAUGCAAGAUGCUGACACAAAAUACAGGCUAUACUGAGAGUUUGAUUUCUUCGCGUCGGAAGAGAACUUUAACUUAACCUAAAGUGAGAUAAAUACAUUCCCAGAAAAACAGAAAAGGGCGGAAGGGUUCGCCCAUGUUGGGGCGCUUUGGGGGGCGAAGUUGACCACCUGCAGGUUCGUUGGCGGCGUUUUAGUGAACAUUUUGAGACCCCAGACAGCCCCGCCCCCCCUCCCUCCCCUCCCUCCCCUCCCUGUGAGCUGAACUGAAGCCCGGUCCUGAAACAGUGCCCCCUCCUGGAGCUCAGAAGAGGCGCGGCCUCUCGCUUUACGCGCACAGAGCCGCUCCCGGCGGUACGCCAGGCGAAGGCCACACCGCGCUGUACAUAGCCGCGCUUACCGCCGCUCGUUAGCGUUAGCGUCUCGUUAGCGCCUCGUUAGCGUUAGCGCACGUUAGCAUUCGUGCUUCGCCGGGGGGGGGAAGGUCACGCCAAGGCGUGUUCUCUCCCGGCCGCUUCCGCUCCCGUUGGGCUCCGUGGUCUACUCGGGGGGGAAGACUCCUGAGUAGCCAGGGGGGGGUCUCGCGGAGCUGGCUACAGCUGGGGCUUUUUAGGGGAACACUCUCCCCUAUGCGUCUCCAGUUGCGCUGUAUCACCUCCCGUGUAACGGAGGUGACACACUGCUGCUUCUGUGUGUGUGUGUGUGUGUGUGUGUGUGUGUGUGUGAGUGUUUUUAGGGCCCAGGCUUCAGGUAUUCUGUGCGAUGUUAAACGAAACGCCGGCGCCUCUCCUCAGGCCAGGGGGAGGAGCGUUGAACCCGGAGGCAGGCUUCAGUUCCCCUCGCAGGGAUCCGGGGGGGGUGGGGGGGGGGGUGUGUUUAGGCUAGUGCAAAAGGUCACGACCCCGCCAGCGGCCCAACAAGGUUUCAACUCGCCCGUCAGCAGCCCAAUAUUGUAGAGCAGAAAUCAGACAGCUAUGAAAAAAACAACAACAUUGUGAUGAAAACAUUGAUUUUAUCUUCAUUGGGAUUCAAAAAGUAGUCAAUGAUUAUAUAGACAAAAAUACAGCUCCAGAAAUGGAUGUGUGGAUUCUAUAAUUAGACCGGGGGAAAGGGAGAGGAAGGUUAUGUGCACUCAGAGAAAGUAUUCCCAUAGCAUUACCGGUGGAUUACGAUUAUAAAUUCAUCAGGAAACUCCUCAAUACGAUUGGACCCCCUCAAUCAGACUAUGUGCCAUGAUUGGACAAUAUUCAUUCAGCUUGCGUUUUGAGUGUGAUGCAGCAAGUGCACGCGGAAGUCUUUUUACUUUUGUUUGGUUUUUUUGCUUCCAUAAAUCAUUAUAUUUCCUGCAUACAUUUUCCUUCCCAUUCAGAAGCAGGGAAGGCACAAGCUGCCUCAGGACUUGAAAAGUCGCCAUAAUUGGGCCCCUUUUGUUCGAAUGCUUUUUUGAGAAAAAUGGGAGCCAUAUUGAAAAAUACCUUUGUACAUAUAUAUAUAUAUAUAUAUGUAUAUAUAUACUCUCACUCAUAUAUGGUGAAUGACCUUAAAAUGGGGAGAUGUGAUGGUUCCACGAAACAAGGAGCUUUCGAGGCGAAGACGUUUUUGAGCCGUUGAGCCGUUGUCGGUACGAUGCACUGAGGCUGAAAUGAGCCGCUUUCAUCUGCUCUGUUUUUCUCUCUUUAUUUAUUGACGUCGUUUGUGAAAAGAGACCCCCGGAGUUCCCCCCAGCCACGGCGCACGAAGGCGGGAGAGCAGCGGCCUUUCCCCCGUAGAUUAUUUUCUAACCGCCCCGCGACGCGUUUGCGAUGCGUAGUUUGCUUUUGUUUGUGAUGCUGAGUUACGGGCGCUCCAGAACCGCUGGACGGUCUGAGGGCCUGCCUCCUGUGUGCGGACACGCUGGUGAAGAUUGCUGAUGUGACGUCGUUUUUGUUAAAGUGCCUUUUCCGGCAUGAUCUGUAGCGGCACGCCCCGGGCGUGCACCAAAGCGGUCGCGUCUCGACGGGGCACAGGAAGUGAUGUCACAGCCGAUAGACUUGCCUCGAGAGAAGAAUUAAGUUGAGGAAGGUUUGACCUUGGCUAGCCAAACAUAGGAUAGAUCAUUGGGACGGGAAGGUAGCCACAGAAAUUACGGGGAAUCUCUCUACAAAGGAUGUGGAAAGUAUUAGCACUACGUCGCUACCUAGCAUCCCUGCUGAAAUAAAAAACAAAACACCUCCGGCUAGGUUUUUAAACAGCUGGUUAGUUAGUUGACCAGUUUGACCAGCUCAAGCUAUGUUUUGAAACGGACAAAGCUAGCAGCACUAGCUGAUUGACCAGCUUAUACCCAGCUAGACCAGCUUUAUGACCAGCUUGACCAGCUCAAUUAUCAGGCUGGAUUUUACAUCACGGUCGAUCAGAUCGGACAUCACCGCCUGAAAUCUCCAUCGAGACGUGACACACAAAAGCUUGUAGGAAUGUGCCUGACUGCUGCGCUGGAGAUCUUACGCUUGAGCAGUGGAGAAGCCAGGCCAGAUAUCUGCAUGAAGCUGUCCUCAGGAUGAAGUCUGUCUCUGUUCCUUAAACUCAUGGAAAAUCAAUAUAUCCAAAAUGAUAAAAAUACGUAAUUAAAUUUAACGUAGGUGUUUAAGUGUCCAGAAGGUUCAAAAGAAAAAGAAACCCUUGGAAAGUAUGUUGUUGGACACAGUAGGCAGCCAUUUUAAGAUUUAUUUUGUUCUUUGAAUAGUAUUUACUUGGGAGCCAUUUUGUCAUAUAACAGCCCAGCUGCCUUUAAACGAAGUGCAAUUGAUUGUUUUUCUGUUUCUUUUUUUAUGAUUGUGUGCAUUAGCUCAACUUUAAAAUUGUAGUGUUUGGUUGAUAGACAGAUCUCUGUUUGUGUCCUAACCUGCACUGUUUUUGAAUGGUUUUGUUUUUUUUGUUGUUUUUUUUAUUUAUCCUGAGGUAAAAAAGAAUACUUGAUAAAAGGUGGCCUGUGCACCAAUUCACUGUGCUAGCAAACGCUGAGCGAACAUUGAGUGAACGGUGAGCGAACGAUAGAGUAUGAGCAAAUGAACGAACGAAUACUUCAUUCUCAGACACGGCAACUGUGAACCCAGCUUUAGGGUGACUGUUUUCCGCUGUUUGUGAAAAGAACAGAACAACGGAUAUGUGAGCAUUGUGUUAGUUUCCAGACCAACGCAUGGUAUAGCAGUAUAUACUAGUGCAGAAUUUGACCCACCCAUAAAUCAGAAACAAACACUCCCCUUGCUGAAGCAUGCCUAUGGCCGAGUGUGGCUCUGGCUGAUUGCAUUCGCUGGAAGUCAGAAUUCAGUCCGGCACCAAAUAUUGGAGUCGAUUGAUCACAUUGUUAACCAGGAGCCAGUUGGGCGAUUCACAGAUGGUGACCAACCAAUCAGAGAUCACAGAAACAUGACAGUCCACCGUUGGUCUCAGACAAACCCCACUCAUUACUGCGACUGUUACAGGUCCAGCAAAUAUUUCUAAUCUCUAGGCAAAGUGUUGCACGCAUUUUGCAAUUGGUUAAUUCAUCUAACAGCAACUGACGAGAAAACCUUUCCAGAUUGGCAUCAAAGAAUCGCCAUUUUCCAAGCCUAGAGACUCGAACAGUGGAUUUAAGAGGUGGUGGCAAAAAUUGUAUUUUUUUUUUUUUUUUUUUUUUUUUCAUAGCUUUCGGGCUGCUAAUCAGCUCAGCUUGGAUCAGAUUGUUUUGUUUACAGUGAGGAGUGAUUGUUUUCCACUGAAAUACUGUAUCACAUUUCUUCUCUCAUAAAGUGUGCCUGAUAUUAUAUUUAAAAAAACCCAGAGCUGGGAGCUUGGAAUUGGAACGCAGAGUGCAAUAAAAACUGAAUUCAGGAAUGUGAGCUGUGCUGUAACUACACAGGAAAUAAGCUUUUCACAAAGAGGAACAAACAUCAUAGUAAAUUAACGUUUUUUUCCAGUUCCAUUUUUAUUAAACGUGGAUCAUGUUUUGAGAAAGGGCUGUAUUUUCCUACAAUGCUUGUGUUGUCCUGUCUGCAUUCAAACAUUCCAAUUCUGAGGGUCCGGUUUCUGGAUUUUUUCAGGAUUUCACACGAAACACCCCCCCCCCCCCCCCCCCAAACUAACCCACCCCUCCCCAGACACCCCCCUCCGACCCCUGACCCCUGGAGGAAAGAGCAGAGCUGCUGCCCCUCCGGGUUCUCCGCAGGGAGGGGGGGUACUUUCCGGAAAAGGUCCGCUGCCAGUGCUUGCAAUAAGAGGGUCAAGACCAGGGGUGUCCAUUCCUAUCCAGAAAGGGCCGGUGUGUGUGCAGGUAGUUGUUUUAGCACAGGGCUAAGACAGCUGAUUCUACUCAUCAAGGUCUUGAUUAAACACCGCGAUUAGUUCAUUAGUGUAAUCAGGUGUGUUACUGCUGGGUUAAAACAAAAACCUGCACCCACGCCGGCCCUUUUAGGAUAAGAUUGGACACCCCCGGUCUAGACGGUGGAGAAGUCUGAAGGUGUGUGGUCAGAAUGUGUGUGUGGUGUGCAGAGGGUCAGAAGGAGGAAUGCAGUGGGCCAUGUGUAUAGGCCGGGGUCCAGGCAUGUGGCAGGGUGUGUGUGGGGGGGGGGGGGAGGGGUGAGAAUGCGCCCCCCCCUCCCCUCCCCUCCCCCAGGAGAAUGUCAAUGUUAUCGCACGGCCAACCGCGCUGGACAGACAGAUGGACAGAUGGAUGGAUGGACGGACGGCCCCGCCGGACGACAGGAAGGGGAAGUGUGAGAGGGAACGCGAGAGUUGCCCCGGCGAAGUUUCGCAGAGGACGACGCAGAGACGAUGAACAGAGGGCACGAGAAAGACAGAGAGAGAGAGAGAGAGAGAGAGAGAGAGAGAGAGAGAGAGAGAGAGGGAUUAACUGUAAAAUGAUGGACUACUCAUAUUGUGAAAUAAAUGGAUUUUUUG